CCCGUCACUUCCUGCCGGGCUGCGGGCGCCGGAGCGGCUCUUCAGCGUUUGCGCCGCCCGCCGCCGCGUCUCUCUCAGCUCCCCCUUCCUUUGAACCCCCGGCCCGGCGGCGCCCGCCUCUUCUGCGGCCACUCCGCCUCUUCCCUUCUUCUCUCCCUUCCUCCUCUCCCUUCUUCCUUCCUCCUUCCCCUCCUCGUCGCCGCCGCCCAGGACCGCCGGCCGGGGGACGAGCUCGGGGCAGCAGCCAGGAGUUUCUUAACCACAUAACCUCUCAGAAUUGAACGAAAACAACAUUGUUCCUGGAACGCCCUCUUUUUAAGGUAGAACUUUAGACUUCAUAGCACUGAAUUAACCUGCACUGAAAGCUGUUUACCUGCAGUUAUUCACUUUUGUUGAAAGUGACCAUGUCUCAAGUUCAAGUGCAAGUUCAGAACCCAUCUGCUGCUCUCUCAGGGAGCCAAAUACUGAACAAGAACCAGUCUCUUCUCUCACAGCCUUUGAUGAGUAUUCCUUCUACUACUAGCUCUCUGCCCUCUGAACAUGCAGGUAGACCUAUUCAAAACUCUGCUUUACCCUCUGCAUCUAUUACAUCCACCAGUGCAGCUGCAGAAAGCAUAACCCCUACCGUAGAGCUAAAUGCACUGUGCAUGAAACUUGGAAAAAAACCAAUGUAUAAGCCUGUUGACCCCUACUCUCGGAUGCAGUCCACCUAUAACUACAACAUGAGAGGAGGUGCUUAUCCCCCGAGGUACUUUUACCCAUUUCCAGUUCCACCUUUACUUUAUCAAGUCGAACUUUCUGUGGGAGGACAGCAAUUUAAUGGGAAAGGAAAGACAAGACAGGCUGCGAAACAUGAUGCUGCUGCUAAAGCGUUGAGGAUCCUGCAGAAUGAGCCCCCGCCUGAGAGGCUGGAGGUAAAUGGAAGAGAAUCAGAAGAAGAAAAUCUCAAUAAAUCUGAAGUAAGUCAAGUGUUUGAGAUUGCACUUAAACGGAACUUGCCUGUGAAUUUUGAGUCUUUCCCUCUGACACAGGUGGCCCGGGAGAGCGGCCCACCCCACAUGAAGAACUUUGUGACCAAGGUUUCAGUUGGGGAGUUCGUGGGGGAAGGUGAAGGGAAGAGCAAGAAGAUUUCAAAGAAAAAUGCAGCAAUAGCUGUUCUUGAGGAGUUGAAGAAGUUGCCCCCUCUGCCCUCAGUUGAGCGAGUGAAACCUAGAAUCAAAAAGAAAACAAAACCCACAGCCAAGCCGCAGACAAGCCCAGAAUGUGGCCAAGGGAUAAAUCCAAUUAGCAAACUGGCCCAGAUCCAGCAGGCAAAAAAGGAGAAGGAGCCGGAGUACAUGCUCCUCACAGAGCGAGGCCUCCCGCGCCGCAGGGAGUUCGUGAUGCAGGUGAAGGUUGGGAACCAUACCGCAGAAGGCGCGGGCACCAAUAAGAAGGUGGCCAAACGCAACGCAGCCGAGAACAUGCUGGAGAUCCUUGGUUUCAAAGUCCCGCAGGCACAGCCCACCAAACCAGCACUCAAGUCAGAGGAGAAGACACCAGUAAAGAAACCAGGGGAUGGAAGAAAAGUAACCUUUUUUGAACCUGGCUCUGGGGAUGAAAAUGGAACUAGUAAUAAAGAGGAUGAGUUCAGGAUGCCUUAUCUCAGCCAUCAGCAGCUGCCUGCUGGAAUUCUUCCCAUGGUGCCUGAGGUCGCCCAGGCUGUAGGAGUCAGUCAAGGACAUCACACCAAAGAUUUCGCCAGGGUAGCACCAAAUCCUGCCAAGGCCACGGUAACUGCCAUGAUAGCCCGAGAAUUGUUGUAUGGGGGCACCUCGCCCACAGCUGAGACCAUUUUAAAGAAUAACAUCUCUUCAGGCCACGUACCCCAUGGACCUCUCACAAGACCCUCUGAGCAACUGGACUACCUUUCCAGAGUCCAGGGAUUCCAGGUUGAAUACAAAGACUUCCCCAAAAACAACAAGAACGAAUUUGUAUCUCUUAUCAAUUGCUCCUCUCAGCCGCCUCUGAUCAGCCAUGGUAUCGGCAAGGAUGUGGAGUCCUGCCACGAUAUGGCUGCUCUGAACAUUUUAAAGUUGCUGUCUGACUUGGACCAAGCAAAUACAGAGAUGCCAAGAACAGGAAACGGACCAGCGUCUGUGUGUGGGAGGUGCUGAACCUUUUCUGGCCAGGAACCAUUAUAAAAUCCCAACAUAUAUACUGAAAAUACUGAAACUGCUUUGAAAAUUUGGAAUUUCUGAUACCUCCAGUGGGCCGAGAGACACAGUGGGUAAAGAACGAGGGCAGCGGUGGUGAAGAUGGAAAACACGUGGAGGCAGCCAUGCUGGGCUGGACCGUGCUGGGGUUUAUUGUGACGGCCACUCGGUGAGCAAGUGGUUCCACACAGGAGCAGCUGCACCAGGAAACCAGCACAUCCAUGCCCCAGGCACCUCAGUGCUUGGUCUUAUCUUUUUAUUUUGCUGUGUGAAAGAAGCAACAGAAAGCAUGACCCGUUCUCAAACUGGCUCACUUAUACUUUGGGACAAACCCUGGACAGCCACACCGGAGACAGGCCUUAGAUUGGCCUCAGAGCUAAAAGCACCAGAGAAAAUCAAAUGCUUCUUACUUACUCAGUGUAACCUAACUUUUCUAGCGUGCUAUGGUCCCACCACCUCCUGUAGUACCCACACCGAAACCACUGCUUUCUCUUCCAACAGUGAUAUGUAUUCUUAGUUUCAUUAUUUUCUUUUGAUUGAUAUGACACUAUAUAAAAUUUUUCAUUUGAGAGUUUCUCAAUUGUAUCUAGUUAUAUAGCACAGUUUGGAAACUUGUCUGAGACUGACUUUAUCAGUAAUCUAACCGGCAAAGAUCAUAUCCAUGUGUAUGUGGUUAUACAUUUUUAUUUUAUUGGACUAACCCAGGACCAUUUCAGUGAUGCAAAUUGUGUGCCCUCUGGUUUAGCUGAAACAGUCCUGGACUUCUCAGAACCUUGAUGAAGUCUCCCAUAGUUGUAUAAAUCGGAUAAUUUAGGAAUUUUAAAAUUUAGGUGGUCAUUUGAUUCCUUUUCUAUUUUAUUUUUGUUAAUACAACAGGACUUAAAUGAACUUUGAUCUUUGUUUUAAAGAUUAUGAAAAUUGUGUCUAUACAUAUGGCUCUUGAGGACAUAACUUUCACUACACUACAGGAUAUGAUCUCCGUGUAGUCCAUAUAAACCUGCAGAUUGAUUUUCCUUGAGUGCUUGAUACUGUUAAUUACAUCUCCAUGUAGGGCUGAAAAGAAUGACUUAUGUUUCUCUAUACAGCUGUGUUGCUUUGAUGUUGUGUUGCUGUACACAGAAAUGUGUGCACCGAGGUUCUGCAUAUGGUCCAGAUGAAAAGCCUGGUAGCCUUGCGAGUUAAGUAUGCUUCCAUUCAUUGUUUACGCUGGAAUUUUGCUCCCCAUGGAAUGUAAGUAAAACUUAGUGUUUGUCACCAAUAAAUGAUAAUACUAAAUUUUUUUGUUAAUUUAUUCUCAAAUGCCACUACUGCUACAUUGGUUCCUUCCCAACUUGGCCCCUACCCUUUUUUAAGAAAAUUUGUAAUGCUUGUGAGUCCAUCUGGGCAAAAAUCUAAAGAUCUGAAAUAACUUUAUAUCAAACUAUUGAUCAAUAAACAACUACUAAUGAA